AUGGCAUUAAAUAAAUUUAUGCAUCCCCGUAAUAUAUAUAAAACUCCUCCAGAUUUUUCUAAAUUAGCAAAAGAUUACAAGGAGUUUUCGGAAGUAUCAAAAGUGGAUGUUACUGGAAAAGUUAAUAUUGAUUUUAAGGAUCCAAAAGCAUUAAGAAUUUUAACUAAAUGUUUAUUGAAAUCAGACUUUAAUCUUGAUGUAAUUAUUCCAAAUGAUCGAUUAGUACCUACACUUCCUUUACGACUUAAUUACAUAUUGUGGAUUGAAGAUUUGAUGACUGUUAUUAAUAAAAAGGACUUAAUCUGGGGACUUGAUAUUGGUACAGGAGCAUGUGCUAUAUAUCCUUUACUAGCUGCUGUUAAAAAUAAAUGGCAAAUGGUUGGAACAGAAACUGACGAAGGAAGUAUAUUAAUAGCCAAAGAGAAUGUAUUUAAGAAUAAUUUACAACACCUCAUAGAAUUGAAAAAGAAUACAACAUCAUCAGUGAUAGAAUAUCUGUUUCUGGAGAAAAAUAUACAAAAUUUUGAUUUUUGUAUGUGUAAUCCACCAUUUUACACUAACAUUCAAGAACUUUGGGAAUCUCGUAGCCCAGCUAGGCCUGCCCCUAAAAAUGGUUUUACGGGAUCCCCACAUGAACUAAUAACUGAAGGUGGAGAGCUACACUUUUGUAGAAAAAUGAUUGAAGAAAGUAAAAAAUAUAAAAAUCAAAUACUAAUAUACACAAGUAUGGUUGGUCACAAAUACAACUUAAAAGAACUAGUGAUUGAUUUAAAAGCUGAAGGAAUCAAGCAUACAACAACAGAAUUUUGUCAAGGUCGAGUAACACGAUGGGGCUUAGCAUGGACAUAUCAAGAUUAUGAUUUCUCUCAAAUAGUUGCACCAAAAGAUAAAUCUCACAAGAAGAGUACACCAAUUAUUUUUAAGUUACCAGAAUUACCAGCUACUAAAAAUGAAAUGGAUGAAAGCUUUGAAAAGUUAAAAAGUAUUUUACAAAACUUAAAAAUAAUAUUUAAAAUAAUAACUAGAAGAAAGAAUGAAAUAAUUCUUAAUAUUUUUGCUCACUCUAAUACAUGGUCAAAUCAACGACGCAAAAGAAGACUUCAAAAACGAUUAACAGAAGACAACACCAAACAACCUAAACUUGAUUUAGAAAGUAAUUUAAGUAGUGAAAAAAGUAAUACAGAAAUGUCUUCAACAGAAUCGAAUUCCGCAACUGUAUUCAUCAACACAAAAGAAAAAAAUCUGGUCGGCUUAGUUAAUAAGGAGCAAACGUCAAGUACACAAUCAAUAAACAAUAAAAAAGAAAUUGUAGUCCAAGGCAUUAUGAAAAUGUAUAUUAAAGACAAACAAAUAAAUGUAGAAAUGGAAUUUCUAAAUGGCACAGCUGGUAAAGAAGGACUGCAUCAAAUAAUACAAUAUAUUAAAAAUAAUUGGAAA